AUGAAGCUCCGCCAAAAGAAUCUAUUUCUGGCUGCUCUUGCAGAGAACGCUGACCGAUUUGAUGAUAUGAUGAGACACAUGCAGGCUGUUGUUCUAGAUGGGCCGCAGCUUGUGCAGGACGAACGGAAUCUUUUAUCAGUGGCCUUCAAGAACAGCAUCGGCAGGCGCCGAUUUGCUUUACAGGUGGCACAAAGGCUCGCAAAAGACGAAACGCGGGCAAACUCACGCACUUCGGCCCAUUAUGCUGAGGAGUAUUGCAAGCAAGUGGUUGAUGAGCUCGAAACCAUCCUUGCAACAUCCUUGUGUCUCCUUGAAAGCUUGCUGAUUCCUGCCGCCGUUGACUUGGAAUCAUUGGUAUUCUAUUUGAAAAUGAAAUCCGACCAUUACCGUUAUUUGGCGCAUUUCCGGCACGGGGCCACCAGUGAUUAUGCUUGUGAAAGGGCUCGGCAAGGCUAUGGUGAAGCAGAGUGGCUAGCGAUGAAACUGCCUGUCACACAUCCGCUUCGGCUGAGCGUGGCGCUGAACCUGUCUGUUUUCUUGCACGAGCAAAUGAAGGAUCCAAUUCUGGCCCGGAAGAAGGCGCGGGCUGCCUUCGACAGCGCUCUGCAGGACUUGGAGCAGCUGCAGGAGGAGAAGAAUGUUAGAUUCUAG